UAGGUAUUAGAUAAUCAAAAUGAGUAAUGACAAAAUGCAAAUGGCCAAAAUCUAAAUUGUAGCUAAUAUUAUUUUUUGUCCACAAUUAUUGUACUGUAAUCUUAAUUUUUCUUUCGAAAACAUGGAAUAAUAACACAAACAAUUUAAUUCAAACAGCAAAAAAUAUUACACUUGCCAUUCUUAAAACCAGAAAUUGGAUUAUCACUUAAAUAGGGAAUGGAACCUUUCAGAUCCUUUGGGCGCUUUUGGAGGACAUACGUGUAAUUAUUACAUACCUUCACAAUCUGAAGUGGAAUGUGAAAAACUAUUACCUACAUUCUGUUAAGAUAAAAAAUCUAAUUAGUAAAGAUGAGAAUUCCUAAAGAAUUAAGCAAACUGUAUAAGAAGAGUUUGAUAAAAAAUUUUGGAAAAUAUGAAAAAGUAUAUCCUGCAUCAACUACAGCAAGUAGAUUGGUUCCGGAUCAUAUAAAGAAACCGGUUUAUUUGUCAGGGCUACAUCAAUGUAUUCCCAACCGGCCUGAAAUCAAGACUAGAGAGCAGAUAGAAGGGAUGAUGGACAGUUGUGCAUUGGCUUCUAGUAUUCUUAAUAAAGUUCAUUCAUUUAUACAGCCAGGAAUUACAACAGAUGAUAUUGAUGAGUUAGUUCAUAUGCUGACUAUAAACUCAGGAGCAUAUCCCUCGCCCCUACUCUAUAAAGGAUUCCCGAAGAGUGUUUGUACAUCAGUGAAUAACGUAGCCGUGCAUGGAAUACCCGACACGAGGAAGCUAGUCGACGGUGAUAUAGUGAACGUGGAUAUAACGGUAUUCUAUGGAGGCUACCAUGGUGACUGUUCCAAAACAUUUUUUGUUGGUAAUGUCGAUGAUAAAGGCAUAGAACUUGUUGAGGUCACUGAAGAGUCUCUUAAGCAAGCUAUUGAAAUAUGUGGACCCGGUGUACCGUUUUGCGACAUCGGUGCAAGAAUACAAAAAGUAGCGAAUUUUAGAGGCCUAACAGUGCUCCCAGCUUUUGUUGGUCAUGGAAUUGGUGGCUACUUUCAUGGUCCACCAGAUAUCUUCCACACUUUCAACAGAUAUCCUGGCUUGAUGCAUGCGGGGAUGACAUUCACCAUAGAGCCGGUGUUAUCCCAUGGCCGUGAGCACACCUGCAUCCUGGACGAUGGGUGGACGGUCGUCACAGAAGACGGAUCCAGGGCAGCUCAAUGUGAACACACAGUUCUAAUUACUGAAGAUGGCGCCGAUAUACUCACAAAUAAAGUCAAUUUUAUGCUUUUAGGCUCAUAACAAAAUUUCUUACUACCCUCCAAUUAAAAAACAAAUAUUUAUACAAUAUUUAAUCUAUUUAUAUAAUGGCAUUGUCUCUUAUUAAUUAAUUUAGAAUAUCUCUAGUCUUGUUUAAAAAAAUAUGAAUAAAAUGAAAUGAAACAAA